UUGGCUUUACUAUAAGUUUAUUAUCCUCCCAAAUAUAAAAAAGAAAGACAUUAAAAUCAAUCUUUAGCUAUUGUGAAAUUGAACUUGUUUCCAAUUGUGAAAUCAGAAAACGUACACAUUGGGGUUGUUACAUAAAAAUGCCUUGCAGGUGGAAUUGUCAGUGUGCUUUUUUCUCUCAGAUGCACACAAUUUCAAACUGUUCAAUGUAAAAUAAAUAAACUCAACAAGCAGGGCAAGCUGGUUAUUUGUGGCCAAAUGACUAUGACCUUUAAAGAAGGAUAAGCCAUCUGCUCAGUGUUAAACCAGAACAUUGUUUCUCACAAAGGUAGAGAAAAUAUCUGAUUCUAAAGGAAAUACAAAGGAAAUGUAUUCAACCAGGGGAACAAAAAGGAAAAACUUCAGUAGAAGAAGACUUCUUUAACCCAUCCUUAAAAACUUUUUUUUCUCUGCAAGCUACCAAUUUGAGUUAGUUCACUGAGUCACCACAUAAUAGCAGGUUUAACUGAGCAGGCACAGGAAAACUCACUCCUUACUUCUUAUUUAACAGGUACUGCACUUGGAGGUUGCAAAGAUGAAGGCUGAAUGAAACCGGUCUGCAGUGAGAUAUAAACAGCAUGAUGACAAACGUGACAUCCCAUGCCACUUUCCAGCAUACUGCACCUUUUUCUUAUAUUUUGACCUGCUUGUGGGCAUUGAUUCUUAUUAGCUCUUCAUUUGCACUGAAACCUGCCAAGCUUCCCUUGAUUGGAAGAAAGCCCUUUAUUGCUGCCUGGAAUGCACCUUUUGACCUUUGUACAACAAAGUAUAACAUAAGUGUCAAUCUAGAAAUGUUCCACAUCAGUGGAAGCCCAAGAGCUUCAAGAAGGGGUCAGAAUGUGACUAUAUUUUAUGCAAACAGACUGGGACAUUACCCCUUCUACACAGAAGAGGGACUGCCAGUGAAUGGUGGCCUCCCACAGAACUGCAGUUUGGAAACGCACUUGCAGAAAGCUGAUAAAGACAUCAAGUUUUAUAUUCCCUCUGAAAAUUUCAGUGGACUGGCAAUAAUUGACUGGGAAUACUGGAGGCCACAGUGGUUGCGAAACUGGCAGAAGAAGGACAUAUACAGGAGGAAAUCCAGGGAUCUUAUUUCUAAGGGGUAUAUAAAUGUUACCUCUCAACAAAUCGAAUAUUUAGCCCAAGCAAGGUUUGAGAGAAGUGCCAUGGCUUUCAUGAAGAGAACAAUUCAACUAGGCAUUCAAACUAGGCCCCAUGGACUCUGGGGCUACUACCUCUACCCAGACUGCCACAAUUACAAUCUUCUUGAUAAUAACUACACUGGGUCCUGUCCUGUCCUCGAGAGCUUGAGGAACGACGAGCUCUUCUGGCUAUGGAACAGCAGCACAGCUCUAUUUCCUUCCAUAGCUAUUAAGAAAUCCCAUGCAGACAGUGUCAGCAACUUGUAUUUCGCACAGUUUCGAGUCCUUGAAUCUCUAAGAAUUGCUUCAAUGACAUCUAUGGACUAUGACUUGCCUACAUUCGUUUAUACUCGACUUGGGUACCGGGAUGAAGCAUUGUCAUUUCUUUCUACGAAAGACCUUAUCCACACCAUUGGAGAGAGUGCUGCCUUGGGAGCUGCUGGAUUUGUUAUCUGGGGAGAUGUAAAUCUAACAUCCUCAAGGUUCCAAGUGGUUCACUCCACAUCACUCCACGAAGCUGCUGACCAGUCCUCUAGAAGUCAAAAAACAUUAUCCUUACAGGGCUUCAUCAUCAGCGGGUGGCACUCUGAGCAAGAGCUCUCCGACCUGCGAGAGAGAUUUGCCUGCCACUGUUAUGAGGAUUAUGAUGGGGACAAAUGUGAUGCUCUCAAGCAAAUGGACAAACCUGACAGCUCAAUCACCAGGCCUUCAGCAUCCUGGUGUUUGGUGUCGGUUAUAUUUGUUUACAUUUUGAACUUUGUUUUUUAAAGACUAAUGAACUCUGAUUUCAUCAAACCAAUAUUUGCUCAAUGGAUUCAAAUCAGUAUUGAAGAAAUAUUGUUGACGUAUUCAUCACAGUGAUGCUAAUGUUUUAAUAUUUUUGUGUUAUUACAGAGUUUAUUUUUAUACAUUAUUAUUAUGACACAACCUGUUAACAGUUAGCUGUUCACAUUUAGCAGUUAGCUAGUCGUUAGCAGACAUACUGUACUGUAUGUCUCUGUUUAAAUGCUAUUAAUUUUUCCAUUAUUUGUAAACUCCAAUCCAUAAAACUGGAAAGACACAGCACCUAAGGAUUUAAUUUGACAAAAUGGUUGUGUAAGACUUAACACAGAAGACUUUUUGGGGUCAUUUAAAGUGGGGGCCCCCUGAAUUGCAUUAUAUGCCUACCUGGAUUACUUAGUGAAUACUUUGGGGGUGAGGGAAACUUGGGUUGUAGGCAGAGAGGUACAACAUGUCUUUUUUAUACUCCUCUUUCCUUUAACAAAUAUGUUUUUUAUAUGUCACAUUAAAAUCCUAUGAGUUUCACAUUGUAUUGUUUAAUUUCCAUGACCUUGACUACCAUAUUUUUGUUUUUGGUGUUCUGAUUGUUUUUUCUUUCUCUAAUGCCAUGACAAUGACAAUCAAUGUUUUAGAAGUAUACCUGACAAGUGGAUAAUAAUGACAUUUCACAAGUAAAUUGGGAUGGUUCUCCCUACUAUUCUGCUUGUGGCAAGGAUUCCUCUGCUGUUUGCACACCUUAUUUCUAAUGAGAUGUGGUUAAACCAUGACAUUUAGUAAACUAAGUGGUUUAAGGCAGGUAAUGGAUUAAUACAACCUCCACCUCAGCUUCAUCUAAUGCAUAAUGGUGUUCAUAAACAAUGAAACACAAAGAGUGCCUUUCUUCAAUCAGUUAAUGAAUGAAGCCAAUAAAAAUCAGGAAGUUGGGAAGAAACUGGUUAGAAGAAUUAGAACCAUUGGUUAAUACAGCAUGAUCCCUAACAUACUGUACUUGCAAGGCUAUUAGAGAAAGUCAAAGUCCAGAUGUAAACCCCAUGGCAAUAUGGUGCCAGGACACAAAAUGAGCAGUUCAUGCUGGAAAACACUUAAAUGUUACGUGGUUGAAGCAUUUAGUCAUGAAGAAUGGAUUAACAUCCCCACACAGCAGCUUUAUUGCAGCUAACGGUGGUGUAACCAGUUACUGAACCUAAGGGGACGUUAACUUUUUCGCAAAGGGACAUUGGAUGUUGAAAUACUUUGUUUAAUAAAUAAAUAAAACAACCAGCAAAAGACUCCCUUUAUAUAUUAGUAGACCCUCACAGGAAUCUCUGACAAAAUUUAAUGGUGAAAAUAUGCAAAAUUGUAGAAUAUCUGAAAGGGGAAAAAUACUUUUUCACAGAACUAUAGUUGGGCCAAAUUACCUCCUCUCAUUUGUAGAUAUUUCCACUUUCUUUUGAAAAAUCGUAUAUUCUCCUCUGUUGUUUUCAGCAUAUACUAUUGUACAUUAUAUCUGAGUUUAA